GUCCACGCUCUGCAGUGACAAGGUGUGCAUGUUCUCUGCUGGAUCUUAGCUUUCUGUCGCAAUGGGUUACAAAAAGAUAUAUGUGUGCCUGUUCGCGCCUGUCGUCAUUCUCUUGCUGGUGAUGUGCUGGCACAGACACCAAACAACGCAAAACUCUAUGUCGUAUACAGACAACAUGACAGAAUUUCCUGGUAAAAAAGUCGACGAAUCCUUUAGAAAACUGUUGAAUCUCUAUCAGAAGAAACUUGAAGCGUUGCAGAAGUCCAACCUCUGGUCGACUAUUCCAGAAACACCUACAUGCAAAAAAGACAUGAAUCCAUCAUCUCAAUGUGUUGAUCCAGAAUGUCAUCAGGAUUUGCCAGAACGGCCUGUAGUCAGACUCCAGAAUGUUCUCAGCUCGAUGCGCGCAGAGGAUAUGACAACACUGAAAAGAAUGAGUCAGUUGGAGGAAUUGCAAGUACAACCUACAGGAAAACGGAUUCUCUUCGUUACGGGAGCAUCGUCGAACCACUUUAUGGAAUCCCAAGCAAUGCUGAAAAACUUUCAUGAAAUCAUCCCAGCACACUUUAGUAAUUAUUCACUUAGGUACUAUGAUCUGGGACUUAAGCCAACAGAACGCGCUCAGCUGGAAAAGCAUUGCAAAUGUGAUGUUAAAAUCUUUCCAGUGCAAAAGUUGGACCCAUGGAUGAGGCGGCUUAACUGUUACAUCUGGAAACCCAUGAUAAUACAGGCCAAUAUAAAGGCUGCUGACAUUGUGGUGUGGUUGGACUCUUCUAUCAGGCUGUCGAAAGAGGGAAUUGGGAAAUCUGUCCAGGACGUCCUCCUGCAGGGGCUGACCAUCGGAGGAGGAGGAGGACGUGCUCCACAAUUUAUUGACACAAGGAUGAUGAACUAUUUCAAUUCCACUCCAUGCAUGUACUCCCCAUUUACCAUGGUAGAAGCCAAUUUUAUGAUGUUUCAUAAUGACGAGUUUGUGAGGGAUGCGAUAAUUGCACCAUGGGCGACGUGUGCUGUUAAUCAUAAUUGCAUGUGUCCUGAUAACUCGGUUCUUUAUUGUAAUCAUGCCAUUAACAAGUAUGGGAAGUGUCAUCGGUAUGAUCAAGCUGCAAUGAAUAUGAUUGCUAUGCAAUUGUUUGGAAAACAUGUCGAAAGUUUACGACCUAAGAAUCUUCAAUAUGAAAUUAAAAGAGGGGACACUUUUCCAUAUUUCAAUCAUUUAUAUUCCCAGUUAAAGACAAAAGGUGCCUGACAAGCAGCCCAGAGACUGUCCAUAUUUGAUUAUCAUCCUCUUGAAUCUGUUCUUUUGUGUGCUUUUGUUGCGAUCUUAUUGCACGAAAUAUCUUCAGGAAGACACUUUGUUGACGUUUUCAUAGUUUUAAUGAAUCAUACGAUGCUACCUUUUGGCAUCAUUGAUGGUUAUGGGCUUUUUACGUUUGUAGUCUCCACGGACACCGUGCCAAUUGUUACUAGGUGAAAUAUCCAUUAAUGUCAAAACCUUGUGCAAGUGCUCUACAUAUUGCUUUAAAAGGCUCAGUGCAUGAACUGACCUUGCCUUAAAGAAAUUCUAAAGCUGAAAAAAUUGAUAAGAAUAUACACCUGGGAAAAAGUAAAGUGCCACCUGAAAAAGUAAUUGUCACAAUCAUAUCGGUAAUGUCACGAACAGCUAUCCUAAGCUAAGAAUGUAAAUGUUUGAUGCAUGUGUAGCAGGUUGAAAUCAGGAAGUCAGUAUGGUUUAACACCGCAUUUAGCAAUAUUCCAGCAAUAUCACGGCGGGGGACAUCAGAAACGGGCUUCACAAAUUGUACCCAUAUCGGUUAUCGAACCGGAUCUUAGGUUUGACGAGCGAACGCUUUAAGCACUAGACCGCCCCAGGUUGAAAUCAAUCCCUUCAACAUUCACUCUUGGGUGCUUUCAGCAUAGGCUCAGGUCACUCUCCUCGCCCAAAUAACCACUGUAGCCUCAGAAGGUUGGGCUCAAAUUACUCCCCUACAUUUUUGCAGCAUUCUACUUCUCCAUACAGUUCUAAAGGUUCCAGUUGUUCAUGUGACCUUUUUGCCUGAAAAGGUAGAAACUGGUUGUUCAUCUGUGGACUUGCAGUGUUGACAUUCCAGAACAUUCAAUCAAACAUGGAUAUUUGAAAUAGUAAAUGUUUAGUCAUGGGAGUCAUUUGAACCUGGUGGAGUGCUCUGACCCUACAGGGUGUGAUCUGAGCCUUAACUUAAAACCUUCUAGAGAGAUUUGACACUUGGACAGAGUUGCACCGGUUCUAACGCACACAACAUGUGCAUGGAGCGACUGAAACAAGCCACCCACUUUAUUAAAAUCGCUCUAUCAGUCGACGCUUAUCCAAUUAGUAACUGGCGUCGGACACUAAAUUCAUGUUCCUCAAGACUCGAAGUUUGGCGAAUAAUUGGCAUGGGUAAUACCGAAAUGUCCUUCAGAGCUGUUGACCGUCAACAGAUUGGUACAGCAACAUCGAGGAAAAGUUAUGUUUCUAGGUUUGUCAGCACCAUACCCGUGCUCGUGGGUUUCACCGAAGUGGUAAACGUCCGAGACCUGCAUCACUUCGGGCUUUCCUCCCACCUAAAGCUGACACGCCGUGAUAUGACUGGAAUACUGUUAAAAGCGGCGUUAAACCAAACUCACUCACUUACUCGAGGUAAAGGAUUAUCCAAACCAUCUGGAUCGUUGGGUGGGGGUUGAGUCGCAUUAAUUUGCAGACACACUAGUUUCAAGAGAUUUCAUGUACCUUACUGGGAAAUGUUCCCAUCUUACCAUUGCGAAUAGAAUAUGAUAAUACUAUAUCAAACCUGAACACCUAUCAUAAGGGAUCUUAGUAAUCUUAACGAAAGUAUCAAAUUGUAAUUCAAGGGCGAUUACUCUGGAUGUCACGAUCAGGUCAGGUCAACAGUUCGCUUGCAUUAUUGAUAACGAUAUUGUAGAUUCUAAAAAUAUUAACAAUAUUAAAUUUAUUUCGCGGAAUGCAUUCGUGGUCACAACUGGUCCCUCGGGAGUUUCAUAUUAAUGGAUGACUGAUAAGCUGUGAUGACACCAGGUUUUCGCAAAAAAUAAGUCACAGACAGCUGUUACAUGCAGUCCAUGGUGUAUCGAUGAUCUUAGAUAAAGUUAAUCUGGACGAUUAACACUUUCCCCAGGUGCACUUUCAUGUCUAAGAUCAACUUAAUUUUCACGGUUACACACAAAAAGUUUGCAACAUUAUGGUUUGGUUUUGCCAACAUUUUCUUCUGUAGUGUUCAUACCUAUCUAUCAGAAGCAAAUAAAGCAAAGCAAAUCUAUCUCUGCUUCAGCGUUUCAUGUAA